AUGUCGUCCCUCGCCUCCGACGGUUACUCCUGGUAUGAACGCGAUGAGAAUGGAAAUCUCAUACCGGAUAGCGGUACGGGCUACAAGUUGACCCCCGCAGCCGUGGAGGCAGAGCGCGAGAUAUACCUGAAAAGAGCGAAGGAACGUAUGCCCGCUCCUACGACCGAACUUCCCGACAAAUACAACCCCUUCUUGCGCAAGGACGUCAAACCGAAGCCACCCGUGCUACAGUACGGCAUUGCGGUCAAGUUCAACCAGCUUCGGUCCUACGCGAACGAGAAGAACCUCCUAGAGCCUGCCGCGCGCAAGCGCGGCGUACCUCUUUCUUCCCUUUCGGUCAUGCCCGUCGUCUACGAGGCUAUCCAUGGCCUGGAAGUAGCGUGCAACGCCCGCCUUCACUGGGCUAUACCGUGGAUUGCCGGCUACAAUGGGAUGGUUGUGCUUUAUUCGAACUACUCCAUCUUUUGGGAGCAGCUUGAAGAGGAGCACGAGCAGGAGGUGAUUAGGAUAUUGCAAGAGGAGCUGGGCGUCACAGAGAAACCGAUGUGGUAUUGGGAUAUUUCCAACCAGUGA